AUGGAUUCUUACUUGCCCCCGAACAGUUUGUCGAACUCCUUAGCACGGAGAAUUGGGAAGUCAAGGCUUUCCAACACAUCUACACCAUCACGAAAAAGUCUCUGUGGCGGCCUAGAGACUGAAGGUGUAGACAUAGAUAUUUUCAAUAUAGACGCGGAAUCAUUUUUCGAUUUCGAAAUUAACAAUAAUAUAAAUAGAUUCGAAGAAGCAGCAAAAAUUGCUGAAUCUUUACACAUAUUUUUAUCCUCUAAUGAUAUUAAUGAUAUAUAUAUUAUUACUAGAGGAAGUUUUAUUAGUCUUACCAGUGUUAAGAACUUAGAGAGUAGUCUAGCGCUUGGGAUAGGAGGAGACGAAGUCCUGGCUCAAUUAGAGAUAUAUGGGAGCCGAAUAAAGGACUUGGAGAAAUUAGUUCAAGAAUUUAAUCUUUAA